AUGCCGCCCGCCUCACCUUGCUCGCCUCCUCCGUGCCCGCUCUCCGUCGGCCCCGUGCUCGUCGUCCUCACCAGCCCAGCGAGCGCACCCCACUGCUCGCCGCCUGCCUGCCCGACCCCGCUCCGGCCACUAGCGACCGGCCUCGCCGCGGCCGCGGCCCCCCUCGCCCGCCCCCGCAGUCGUCCCUCCGCCGCCUCCCUUGGCCUGCCCGCCGGCGCCGGCGUGCGCCGCGAGCGCCCAGCGCCCUCGGGGGAUCUGAAAGACCCGCAACGCCAUGUUGACAUCCAGCUGCCUGAUGAUGAAGUCACCGAAGCUGUUAAAAAGAUGCUUAAUGAGCCAAUAGAUGUAUGCAGCAAAACCGGGCUCAGUCCUUUCUAUGCUGCCAAUAAACCGCCAAAGGGAACUUCCCAUUCAUCGUCCGGCGAGUCAUCAGCGACACAACUUCCUCCUCUGAAAACCGUCCCUGGUGCUAAAGCCAGACCAAUCAAGAAGGCUAAAUUAAACAAGCCAAACGACCAUGAACCGGCUACCGAGCCGGAGAAAACCCCAGAGGCUAUUGACCUGGAGGCUGACACUAUUACCGAUAAUCUGGAACCUCAAGAAACCGACACGCUUGUUGAACCGGCUGAGUUGUCCAAAAAAGACUCCCAAAUCACUGAUCUCCAAGGAAACAUCAAGUCUCAGGCAGACGAAACUUGCAAAGUUAAGAGCGAGCUGACCACCGCUUUAACAACCAUGGAGCAGCUGAAGGAAUUCUUCAAAGGUGAACGGGAAGAUUGGGCAACUGAAAAGACCACCUUGUUAAAGCGGGCAGAAGAUGCGGAAAACGCCCUUAAACCGGCCACAGAAGAGCUGAGCAGCCUGAAGCGGCAGAUUGAUGCUAUGACCUCUGCCAUCUUUGGUAACAAUCUCUUCACCAAUAUGUAA